GAAAAAAGAAAAAUGGGUGAGAGAAAUUAGAAAUAGUGCAUCAAAUCUCAACCAUACUAACAACACGGUCUUCUUGUCUCCCUCCAAAGCUCCCCAUUUUUCGUGAAAUAUAACCUCCAUUUCUCUCUCUCUCUCUUUCUUACAUUUCCCUACAAUGCCAUGAAGAGUCUGAAUCCCCACCCGAACCCACUCUCACAUGUCCAACCCUCGAUCAUCGGAGAAACCACCCGACGUCGGAGACCCGGCGAAGACGCCGUCGCAUCCACCGACGCCGACCGACCCAUCUUCCUCAAGAGCCAAGCUCUUCAAAAUCCCUCCAUUUGCCUUUCGUGGAAAUCCUAGAAGUGAGACAGAGGAAAGCGAAGACGAAGAAGAAGAUGAGGACACCGAAGAAGAAGAAGAAGAUGAGGAGGAGGAGGAGGACGAUGACGACAAAGCUGACGAAUCCAAUGACUCUUCUUUCGACACAGCAUCGUUCCAGCUCAAUCGCAUUCGAACUCGAUCGAUUCCGUCUCCUCUCCGGUUUUCGUCGUCUGCUGAUGAUACUUCAAAUAAUAUUGUGGUUGAUGAUUCUAACAAGACUAAUAGUACGGCCGAGCAACGUCCCAAACUCACGGCAAAAGAACAAGGGAGAAAGGUUUGUUGGAGUCAGUCAAAGUCUCUAAAAAACCCAUCACCACUCAAUCCAGCGUUGGAGGGUAAUUAUGCAGCUUCUUCGAAAGAAAUUCAGUCACCUCGUUUCCAGGCAAUACUACGCGUUACUAGUGGCCGUAAGAAGCGAGCACCUGAUAUUAAGAGUUUCUCUCAUGAACUCAACUCUAAAGGAGUUCGACCCUUCCCUCUUUGGAAGCCUCGUGCUUUCGGACACAUGGAGGAAAUUAUGAUCGCUAUCAAGUCAAAAUUUGUUAAAUUGAAGGAAGAGGUUAACUUUGAUUUAAGUGCAUUUGCUGGUGAGGUGGUAAAUAUACUUGAGAAACCUUCUGAAGUUCCCCCUGAAAUGAGAGAGCCUUUGGAGGAUUUAUUAGUUGAUACCCGAACCUGUGCAAGGAUGUCAUCAGAUGAAUUUUGGGUACAAUGUGAAGGCAUUGUUCAGAACUUGGACGAUCGGCGUCAAGAAUUACCUGUGGGAAUACUUAAGCAAGCUUAUACCCGCCUUCUGUUUAUCCUCACUCGGUGCACAAGGCUUGUACAAUUUCAAAAAGAGAGUGGUUUUGAGGAAGAUCGAAUUAUGGGUCUUCACCAGCUCAGUGAUCUUGGAGUAUAUCCAGAACAGUUAAUUGAUUCUAUUCCACAGGAUGUUUCUGGUCCUCUGAGUGAGAAGCAUAUGAAGAAGUCACGUGGUCAUGAAAAAGGGAACAGAGGUGAUGGCUCAGAUGGUGUCGUAACCAAAAGCGUUAUAUCACGCACUUAUAGGAUGUCUUCUUGGAGGAAACUUCCAUCUGCGUGGGAUAAAAAGCGUAAAGGAGCAAAUGCUUCUGAUACAGCGUCAGAGGACAAACUAGAUCCUCUGCAUGCGAAAGAUGAUAGUAAAACCAGGGUCGAAUGCCAUGCUGAUUCUUUGGAUCCUUCAUCAUGCCAUCCUGACCAUUCACAGGCACCUACUGUAGUUCAAAGGCUUAGCUGGGGAUUCUUUGGGGAUCAUCAACAUGUCAGUGACGAAAACUUGAUGAUUUGUCGAAUUUGUGAAGUUGAGAUACCAACUGCACAUGUGGAGGAGCACUCUCGAAUAUGCACUAUUGCUGAUAGGUGUGAUCUAAAAGGCCUGACUGUGAAUGAACGUCUUGAGAGGGUGGCAGAAACUCUUGAGAAAAUAAUAGAAUCUUCAUGCACACCCAAAAGCACGCCAAAAAGUGCUGAUGCUCCAAGAGAAAGUUUUGAGGCUCAUAGAGUAUCAACCUCAAGUACGCAUGAAGAGAUGGAGGAGUUGUCACCUAUGAAAAACACCUUGUCUCGUAGAUGCUCUGCAGACACGCUUGACAGUGUUCCUGAUGCCGACAGAGACAGUGGUUUUGCCUUAGAUGAUCUGAAUGUUUUGCCUGAGAUAGCAUGUGAAAUGCGUUCUGGGAUGACGUCUGAUCCCACCACAAAAUCAUCAUCUGCAGGAAGCUUAACUCCACGGUCACCACUAUUAACACCGCGAACCAGCCAAAUUGAGUUACUGUUGAAUGGAAGGAAAACAAUAUCAGAACUUGAGAGCCAUCAACAGAUUUUCAAGCUACUGGACAUUGCUCGUUCUGUUGCAAAUAUUAACAACUGUGAGUAUAGUGCAUUGCAAUAUAUGCUUGAACGACUAGAAUAUCUAAAGUACGUCAUCCAGGAUAGGAAGAUGGAUGCUCUAGUCAUUGAGACUUUUGGAAGACGUAUUGAGAAAUUACUACAGGAAAAAUAUGUAAAUCUGUGCGGGCAAAUAGAAGAUGAAAAAGUCGAUUCAUCAGGCAUGGCCGAUGAUGAGAGUUCAGUAGAAGAAGAUACAGUCCGCAGUCUUCGUGCCAGCCCUAUCAAUGCAUGUUGCAAGGACCGAACAUCUAUAGAAGAUUUUGAGAUAAUAAAGCCAAUAAGCAGGGGAGCAUUUGGACGAGUCUUCUUAGCUAGAAAAAGAGCAACUGGAGACUUAUUUGCUAUAAAGGUGCUAAAGAAGGCUGACAUGAUUCGCAAAAAUGCAGUUGAAAGUAUUUUAGCAGAGCGUAACAUUCUUAUCUCGCUUCGCAAUCCUUUUGUGGUUCGCUUUUUCUACUCCUUCACAUGCAGAGAAAAUCUCUAUUUGGUUAUGGAGUACCUAAAUGGUGGAGAUCUUUACUCUUUGUUAAGAAAUCUAAGCUGCUUAGAUGAAGAUAUGGCUCGUGUGUAUAUUGCAGAAGUUGUUCUUGCUUUGGAGUAUCUACACUCUUUAAAUGUCGUUCACAGAGAUUUGAAGCCAGAUAAUUUGUUGAUUGGUCAAGAUGGUCACAUCAAGUUGACAGAUUUCGGGCUCUCCAAGGUUGGUCUAAUUAACAGCACAGACGACUUGUCUACUUCAUCAGUAAGUGAUAGUGGUUUUCUUGGAGAAGAAGAAGCAAAAACACAGCAUACAUCUAAGAGAGAAGAGCGCCAAAAGCACUCGGUAGUUGGCACCCCUGAUUAUUUGGCACCAGAGAUACUUCUUGGCAUGGGACAUGGUGCAACUGCGGAUUGGUGGUCUGUAGGUGUUAUUCUUUUUGAGAUGCUUGUUGGCAUCCCACCGUUCAACGCAGAACAUCCUCAACAUGUUUUUGACAAUAUAAUAAACAGGGAUAUCCCCUGGCCGAAGACACCUGAUCAGAUGAGCUAUGAAGCUUAUGAUUUGAUUGACAAAUUACUGACUGAAAAUCCAGUUCAAAGACUAGGAACAACAGGCGCAACUGAGGUGAAGAGACAUCCAUUCUUCAAGGAUAUUAAUUGGGAUACACUUGCGAGACAAAAGGCUAUGUUCAUACCAUCAACAGAAGCACACGACACAAGUUAUUUUAUGAGCCGGUACAUAUGGAACCCUGAAGAUGACCACGUUAAUGGAGGCAGUGACUUCGACGAUAUGACCGACACUUGCAGCAGUGGCUCAUAUAGCAACAUACAAAGCGAAGAGGGAGAUGAAUGCGGUAGUUUGACAGAAUUUAGUGCUCCUGCCCUUGCCGUGCACUACUCAUUUAGCAAUUUCUCAUUCAAGAAUUUGUCACAACUAGCUUCUAUCAACUAUGAUCUCGUUGUGAAAAACUUCAACGAUUCCUCAAAUGACUCUAAACGACACAAUCCCUAAUAAGGGUUCUUGAAAGGAAACUCUUACAUGGAGGCAAAGGCUAGUCCACCAGACCCAAAGAGAAAGAAAGGGUUGAUAUUGGGGUUUCUUUAAGUGUAUAGUCUCAAUUUGAAUAUCUGUUCUCCAAAUAGGUUUUACUGAAAAAUAUCAUGUGUAGUAUUUUGUUUUGACCACAUGGUUUUUCAUGUAUAUACUACUUUUACUAGUUUUAUUUUUAGAUUUUUUUUUUCACCUUCACUUUUUGUAAGUUAAAAUAUAUGCAUGUGUAGAAGCGAAAUGAAAAUGAUUUUUCAGUAUUAUGCCAUCUUGGUCCAUUUUGGUCUACUUCAGA